AUGUUAGCACGUAUUGUUUACAUCAAUUUUUGUUUGAUUAUCAUUCUUAAUCAACAUUUGGGAAGGACAGAACGUCGUUGUCGUUGUCUUGCUGGUGACUCUCUUUGUUGGCCUAAUGCUUCUAGUUGGCAAAAGUUUAAUGAAUCUGUCGAUGGUCGUCUUGUUUCACCUCGACCAUCGGCUGCUGUAUGUAAUAAACAUGAAUUCAAUUUGGAGGCGUGUAUUGAUGCUUUUACUCACUGGACGAAUUCAAUGUGGCGUAGUUAUAAAGUGGGUGCCAUGCAAUAUUACAAUUGGGAAAAUAGCUCAUGUUCUGUCACCAACCCAAACUCUACAUGUACUCAAGGAUCUGUACCUGUAGUCGCUGUUAAUGCGACGUGGCCUGAACAUGUGCAAGCAACUGUAAAAUAUGCUGCAACAAACAAUCUUCGCUUAGUGAUCAAAACAACAGGACACGAUAUGAUGGGUCGAUCAACAACGACUGGGUCUCUUCUUUUAUGGCUUCAUUAUAUGAAAAACAUUACAUUAAUUGAGAAAUAUUCUUCAUGCAGUGUUGUUAAUGUAUCCAAUGCUAUUCGUCUCGAUGCAGGAGUUCAAUGGGAUGAAGUCUACAAAUGGCUGGCUGCGUAUAGUUUGACAGUAAUAGGUGGAACUUGUGGUUCUGUAGGAACGACUGGUGGUUACCUACAAGGAGGUGGCCAUAGUCCAUUAUCGCGCUGGAAAGGUAUGGCGGUUGAUCAAGUACUCGAAUAUGAUGUUGUCACUGCAGAUGGUCAACGUCAAACCGUAAGUCCAUGUCAAAAUGGAGAAUUAUUUUGGGCAUUAAGUGGUGGGGGUGGUGGUACAUAUGCUGUUGUCCUAUCUGUUGUCCUACGAACAUUUCCAACGCCGCAUAUAAUUGGCUCUAUACAGACUAUUCAUGCUCUCAGCGAACUUCGAUAUUCUAGAUUAAUUCGAGAUUUUGUUCGAUUGCUACCUAGCUUGGCUGAUGCAGGAUGGGCUGGCUAUUUAUCGUUGAUUGAUACUAAUUUAACAAUAACAUUUCUGUGGCCUCAAGGAAAUCUUGAUGUUGCAAAUGCAACAUUUACCAAAUUCAUGAAUAAUAACACGGAUCUAAUUUUUUCGACAAGUUUCAUUGCUUAUGCACCAUCAUUCUACGAUGCAUAUAUGGUUGCAUUUCAACAAUGUGAUCCCACUGGAUUCAGUCUUUUGAUAGGUUCACGACUUAUUCCUGAAACAAUCGUUCGCAACAAACCAGAUGAUGUCUCGCAAGUAUUUUAUCAAAUGAAAGGUCAAUCUGCAAAACCAUCGACUCUAAUGGUAAAUCUAAUCGCUGGUGGACAAGUUUCUAAUACAUCCAAUGUAGACAAUAGCCUUAAUCCAGCAUGGCGUACUGCGCUUCUCCAUGUGUUCUAUGGUCAAGUUUGGCCUGAUACUGCAUCUAAAGAUGACCAACAACUGGUUGCUGAUCAAGUAGCUCGCCAAGUCCAACUCUUAGAUACACUUUCAGAUGGUUCUCAAUUCGGUUCCUAUAUGAACGAAGCCGAUCCAAAUGAACCUAAUUGGCAACAGAGAUUUUUCGGUUCGCAAGCUAUAUAUGAUCGACUCAAAGCAAUCAAAGACAAAGUUGAUCCACUCGGGUUAUUCGUGUGCAAAAAUUGUGUCGGCAGUGAUGAUUGGACAUCAGAUCUUAACUGUCCGACAAAAUCAGAUCCUACGACGACGACUAACUCACCGACAACAUCGGCUUCUGUGAAACUGGACUUAGCAUUCUCAUUUAUGUUCAUGGAAGUUUGUCUGUUGAUAUUUAAAAUGUUUUAG